AUGGCACAUACUGCCUAUAGCUCUCUGUUUGUUACCCCCGUUCUCUUUCGCUCGCCACUAUUACUUCAGAUAUUGGCUAUACAGGCUCAAGAUGCACACGAUGAAACUCGAGCGACUACGGAUAUCAGCAACACCUUUACCCCGUCCGAAACUAGGCUUCCCGAUGAACUUCGGCUGCGAGCCCGGGGAAAGGGGAAGGGGGCGGAUGGGGAGACCAGUGGUCAACCAUCUGUUGAAGCAGCAUUGAACAUCCUCCGCUCUGUGAACGUCCCUGCCAAUCGACAUGACCGGCCUUCCGGCUUCCUUGGAUAUACGAAAUAUUAUGCGAGAGAGGCAUUUUACUUAUUAUUCAUGAACCGCCCCCACAUAACUGUCGACGGACACUCUACCAGAGGGACCGAUAAACUAUCCCCCGAACUCGAAGAGGCAGUGUUGCUCCUUCAAGAUGCAGUAAACCAAGACCACCCAGAUGCAAUAUUUCUUCUGGCGGAAAUGAAUUUUUAUGGAAAUUUUACCCAUCCACGGAACUAUACCCGAGCAUUCGAACUAUAUAAAACACUCGCAACGCUGGAAGGCAAUAGCAGUGCACAAUAUAUGGUUGGGUUUAUGUAUGCCACUGGGAUAGGAGGGGCAGUCGAACGGCAUCAAGGCCAGGCUUUGCUCUAUCAUACAUUCGCAGCUAUGGGAGGAAACAUUAGAUCUCAAAUGACCGUGGCAUUUCGCCGGUACCUUGGUAUCGGAGCACCUCGUGAUUGCGACCAAGCAGCGCUUUAUUACAAACAAGUAGCAGACCAGGCAAUGGCCUACUACAGGUCAGGCCCACCUGGAGGCCAAAUGCUCAUUAGAGAGUCUUAUAACUGGGCUGAUGACGAAGGUGGGGUAUAUGGCGAAGGCGCAAGCGUCUCAAGCUCCGGUGCAAAUGCGAAUAGGGAUGGCCAGAACUCAGGUUCCGAUGCAAGCCUUGAAGAUGUGCUCGAAUAUUUAGAUCUCUUGUCGAAGAAAGGCGAUGUAAAGGCCACAUUUAGCCUGGGUAAGAUGUAUUACGAGGGUUCGAAGAAUCUGAAGAGAAAUGUACGGAGAGCAAUGCGAUAUUUUGGGCUUGUCGCAAAAAAAUACUGGACGAAGGACGGCAAAAUCAUCUCCAGCCACCCAGUAGGGAUUGAGAAGACUGCUGCAAAAGCGGCCGCACACAUUGGACUCAUGUUCCUGCGUGGGGAGGGCACUGAGCAGAAUUUUGAAAAAGCGUUAACCUGGUUUCAGCGAGGAAUACCUCUUGGGGACCCCAUGUGCCAACACUACAUGGGCUUGAUGUAUUUGAAUGGAUAUGGAGUCCCCAAAGACGGGUUGAAAGCUGCGGCUUAUUUCAAGGCGGCAUCAGAACAGGACUUUCCAGCAUCUGAAACCAGGCUUGGUGCUCUAUUCCUUGACCAGGGCGAUGUGGCCACGGCGACACGAUAUUUUGAGUUAGCGGCUCGAUACGGUUGGAUCGAAGCAUUCUAUUAUCUUGCGGAAAUUGCCGAAAAAGGGAUAGGAAAGGAGCGUCAUUGUGGCGUGGCGACAGCUUACUAUAAGAUGGUGGCUGAAAAGGUCGAGGCCAUACAUUCCUCAUUCCAUGAGGCUAAUACCGCAUAUGAAAAUGGCGACAAGGAGACUGCCUUGGUUGCUUCAAUGAUGGCAGCAGAGCAGGGCUAUGAGAAUGCUCAGGCAAACGUAGCGUACCUGCUGGACGAGCAACGUUCUGUUCUUCCACUUGAUUCAAUAUUGCCCCGGUCCAGGAGUCGCCGGCCAUCUUUGCUCCGGAAUGCUGCUUUAGCUCUUAUAUACUGGACUCGUUCUGGAAGGCAAGCGAACACUGACUCUCUUGUAAAGAUGGGAGAUUACUAUUUCUAUGGCUACGGGACGCCGCCUGACCUUGACAAGGCCUUUACCUGCUACCAUUCAGCUGCGGAGGGGUAUCACAGUGCCCAGGCGUUCUGGAAUCUGGGUUGGAUGCAUGAAAACGGCUAUGCUACGGAACAAGAUUUCCAUAUGGCGAAAAGAUUCUACGAUCUGGCUCUUGAAACCAAUUAUGAAGCUUAUCUACCCGUUAAGCUCAGUCUAAUCAAGUUGCGAAUACGGAGUUUCUGGAAUAAAAUAACGCACGGAAAUGCCAAUCCCAUCCGAACAGAACCAGAUGCGAAACCCCACCGAUCAUUUAAGGAAUGGAUUACAGCUUUCAUCACCUAUGACGAAGAGGAAAACGAGGAUUACCACAAACACAAACACAAACCGAAACGUCAAUCCAAUCCUGAUAAUCCGGAUGGCGUCUUUUCCGAAGAUGGAACCGGGACAGAUGCCAUGGACGAAAAAGUCAUCAGUGACCAAGAUAAGAAUUUCUACAACGAGUAUGAUAUUGAUUUUGACGACGAAUUCUUUGAUGGCUUCGUUAUCCUUUUGUUAGCAGUGAUAUUGGUUAUCCUCGUGUAUGUGCGGCAGCAGCGAGCCCUACGACGUGGACGUCAGGAGAACCAGAAUGCUGCCAAUGGCAGAGCUCCGGCAGGGAUUGGAACAGGGCAACCAGCUAAUAACCCUGCGGGGACUGAAGGUGCCGUCGAUAGACAACAAAGGCAAGAGGAUAGAGGGCUUUUCCCCCAGCCUGACGAUCCCGAGUUCGCUGCUUGGGUUGCUGGUGGGGUCGGCCACUAA